AAUGAAAUUAUCACACUCCUUUUUAUUUAUCUAACAACUAUGUUUAUAAGUUAUAACCUCUCUGAUCUUAAAAACUCAUAUGAGAUUGCUGCCAGUUUUUUUGCUAGUUUCAUUCAGUUUUAAUGGCUUCUUGUUGAUUUCUUAAAAAAUCUAAGAGUUCUCAUUAAAAACGCACUAGUUGGCUUGUAAUGAAACUAUUGAUAAGGCAUUUUAGAUGGUCAUGGUCAUAUGUAUAUUUUUUAAUUUUUAUCUACUUUUUCUCUUAAACUUGAGCUAGCUUUUGUCGUACAUACCACAUGGUGCCGUUACAAAGUAAAAUGCAGAUGUUAAGUUAUACUUUUUGUUUUUUCAGUUUAUACAUCAUCAGCACCGUGCAUUUGGAUUUUCUCAUCCAUAGUUUUAGCUAUUCUAAUGAUAUUUUUGCAAACAUGUUAUUGUGAAUGCAGUUACUAUUUUGCUGAGAAGAAAAUUCCUUCUAUCCAUGGAAAUACAAUGGGAGUAAAACUACAGCAGUUCAUAUUUGAUGCGUUUCCAUACACACCUUCAACUGCACUUUUUGAGGUGGCAGGGGAAACUAUAAAUUUCAUCAUGGAAGCGGAAGUGUUUGGGUCGCCUCAUUCAACCCAUAUUUUACAUGAAGACAUUCUACAAUUUGGUGAAAUGUCAGAGAUAUCAGGCACAUGCAUAGUGAUAUACAUGAGGUACUUACAUGAGGUGCUGAAAAUGUCAAACAUGUUAAGUAUGAUUGGGUUUGUUGACCCUGCUGUAAUUGGUGCUCUAGGGUGUGGAGACGUUAGUCAAAGAUCACGUGUCUUAGCAACUCGGUUUUCAUCAGCACAUCCUGACCAGAUUUUCUUACUUCCUUACAAGUUCGGAGACCAUUUAUUUCAUGGAUCCCCUAAAUAGGAUCAUCAUUGACGAGGAAUGGAAACAAGUUGUAAACACUGGAGUAAAACAAAUUAUUGUACAUAUACACAAACUCAAAUUGAUGAAGUAUGGCGUGAGUGGGCAGAUUGUGUGAUGACCAAUUCUGUGUAGCUCAGACCUCAAAGUGAACAAGGUUUUUUGGCUCAGAAUAGUAGACAAGGUUAUCAACCACUGUUUUGGUUUCUUUUGAACAUGAUUAAGUGGUAAUCACUUUGAUUGUCAUUUUGUGAAUGAUAGAAUUUUCACAUAGAAUGUACAAAGUUUUAGAUUCUGUGGUUGGUAGCUUUGGGAUGUAUGUACUAAAUUCAAAGCUUUAGAUUGCCUGUAGACUUCAAAUUGUUGUAAUUGAACAAGUUCGAAUACUUUUCAUAUAGAAAUAUGAAUACAUCAUUGUUCUGCCUA